AAAGAAACAAAUCUACAUAAGAAACAAAUAUUUUUAGUAUAUUCGCGAAUCUUGAGAGAGUUGGGAACGUAUUUUUAGAUUGUUAUAUUCUAGAACUGCAAUUGUGUUUAUUAGUAACGGACCGUUAGUUAUUGCUGGGCUUUUUAAACAGAAAGUUGAUCGAAAGUUUUCACUCUCCGUUAUCUUUAUACGACUGGCGUUAAUUUAUAUGUUGUUUCGCUUUCCUUUCUUCUAAUUUAACGAAAAAUUUAGCGAAGUCAUUACCGCGAAGUGCGAAAGUGUUACAAAAUUUUAAUAAAUAUAUUUUAGUGAAGCAAUAUACGUAUAUAUACAUAUAUAUAUAUAUAUAUAUAUAUAUAUAUAUAUAUAUACUUAUAUAUAUUUUUUUAAAAUUUAUUUUUAGAAAAAAAUUAAAGUGUUAUAAUAUAUAAUUAUAAAAAAAAUACUGAUAAAAUAUCUUAGGCAUCAAAAAAGUUAUCAAUUUGCAUUGAGAGUUUUAGUAAAACUUAAAUUAUUAUUUUUGAUUUUUUUUUUUUUUUGGAAUUCUUCAUCCUAAUUUUUUAUUUAUAAAUCAGAAAGCAUUUGGCGUGAAUCACAAUCGUACUCUGCUUGCAAAUAUUCGAUUAGGAGAGGAAAGUCAAUAAAUCAAUUCUGGUGUCAAAUAUUCAAGUCGAUAUUAUGGUAGUUUCUAUUCAGAAAGCGUAAUAAAAACGAAUUACCUUCAUUACGUUUUGCUUAUGCACAACUUGCGUAUACAUACUCGUAUGCAUAUAAAUAUAAUUAUUUGUGUAUAUACUACAUAAAAGUUUAAGCAGAGAUUAACAACUUUAUACAAAUAUAUUAAGUAUUAAAAAUUAACAACUAAAAAAAAGUACUAGCAAAUUAACAAUUUAUAAAGUAAGAAAAAAAAAAUAAAGUUGCCGAAAUAAAUAACACUAUAUAUAUUAAAAACAAAAAUAAUGGCUACAAAUAAAUAUAACAAAGAUGAUAACAUAAUGAAUUUAGAAUUAUCUGCCAAAACAAAUCAACCUCAUGUAAUACAUAUGCCGGGUUGGUUUGAACCGCUUCCAAAAAUUGCUUAUGAAAGCUCCUUUGAAAUAUUGCUCCUUAAAAUACCAUAUCCACCAUCUCCACCACCAACCCCAAUGGUAAAGAAAGUUUUUGUACAUAAUGAAAAUCUAGAACGUAAGACAAGAGCUUUUUUAGCUGGACAUUAUGAAAUUGAUCGUUCUGAUAAUACGCUACGUACUGCUAAACAAAAAAUGCGCUCUAUUAAAACAACAUUAAUUAAAUCUGAAGAUUCAAUAAAAUUAACCGACGAUACUGUUAAAAAAGUAAAGAAUAAAGAUUUUUCACGUAUUAUAACACCUUUAGUACCAAAAAAACCAAGACCAUUUGAUAUAAUUGAAAUACCCGAUUUAAGUGACGUUGACGAGGAACAGGAUUCACAAUACACUGAACGUGUUGAUAGCCGUACAACUAACAUCAUGGAUGAAUAUAAUUAUUCAAGAGCAUCGUCUCGAAGACGCCAACAUACGUCAUUAGGUACUACCACUGGAUCGGAUCGUUAUAGUUCUAUUAGUUCUCGUAAAUCAGAACGUUAUAGCACUAUAGGUACUUCAUCCGAUCGAGUAUCCGAUCGUUAUAGUAGCUCAUAUUCGUCAUAUGGUACUGAUAGCUACUCUAGUAGUUCUGCAUUGGGUACCGAACGUCGUGGUAGUGGUUUAGAUAGAAUAUCAUCUUCAAUCGAUUCUGAACGAUAUAGUAGUAAAUUAUCAUCAUCAUCAAAAUACGAUAAAUCAUCAUUAUAUGAUAAUAAAAAAAAAUCAUCAUAUUUAGAUGAAAACAAUCUAUCUUAUACAACAGCACUAGCUGACGAUUUAUAUUCGACUGUAAGUGAACGUUCACGUUCAACAUCACGUAUGGAUAGCAAAGGAGCAACAUCAGUAACAUCAACCAUAACAAAAUCAAUUGAUAAACCAGUUAUCGUAAAAACGCUCAAAAGUUUACAUCAUGAAUGCGGAGAGAAUGCGAUUUUUGAAAUUCAAUUUGCAACAAAACCUAAUAUUGUCACUUGGCUUAAAGACAACAAACCAUUAAGCGAUCCAUUAGCAGAUCGUGUAAUGCAGAAAGAACUUGAUAUGAGCACAUAUAGGCUCGAAAUUCGUAAUUGCAGUGCAACUGAUGCUGGUACUUAUACCGCUAAAGCUAUGGUUGGAGCAGAAAGUACAACAUGUUCAGCUCAAUUAUUUAUAGGACAUGAUGUUAAAGCUCAACACAAGGAUGGUGAAGAACAUUUAGAACCUUUCUUCUUAAUUUCUCUCAGAGAUGCUGAAAUGAUUGAAAAUUCGCAAUUUCGAUUCAUGGUGAAAGUUGUUGGAGAUCCUAAACCACGUAUAACUUUCUUUAAGGAUGGCAAAGAAAUUGAAGAAGACAGCGAAGUAAUGCAAGUUGUACGUGACAAGGACUAUUUGGGCUUUUAUGAAUUGGUCAUCUUUCAAGUAGAAAAAAGUCACAGCGGUCAUUAUUCUUGUGAAGCUGUCAAUAAACAUGGAAAAUCAGAAUGUUCAGCUGACGUUACUGUUUGUGAAGAUAAAAACUUAUUCGGGGAACUUAGUGGCCAAAUUUUACCGCAAGGAGAAAAGCCUGUUUUUGCAUGGAAAAGAAAUGGAAUCGAUUUUGAUCCUGAAGAACGUUUCAAAGUUUUAAUGGGUGAUGAUGAAGAUUCAUUGGCUAUUGUUUUCCAACAUGUGAAGCCAGAAGAUGCAGGAAUUUAUACAUGUGUCGCUCAAACCAGUACAGGAAAUAUUUCAUGCAGCGCUGAACUGAAUGUACAAGGUGCUAUACAAAUGUUGUAUCGGGAACCAGAGAAACCUCAGCUUAUUGUUGAACAUAAAGAAGCAAUUGCUCAUGUUGGAGGCACAGCUAUUCUUGAAUUAACUUGCAAAGGUUUCCCUAGUCCCGCAGUUCAGUGGAAACAUGAAGGUGAACUUAUCGAACCCGGAUCAAAAUAUAAAUUUCUUUAUGAAAAUGAAGAAUCAAUGUCACUUGUUAUCAAAGAUGUUAAAACAGCUGAUUCUGGUGUUUAUUCUAUUACAGCCACUAAUGAAUUAGGUGAAGAUAGUGCUGAAGUCAGUUUGACUGUAAAAUCUCAACCGAAAGUUAAAAAAAUUAAAGAUGUUACCGUUAAUGUUUCUGAAACUAUUAAAGUUGAAAUAGAAGUUGAAGGUUCUCCAUCACCUACAUUAAAAAUAUCACGAGAUGGUAAAGAAGUCACUGAAAAUGAAAGAAUUAAAAUUACUAGAACUGAAAUUGCAAAAAGUACCGAGAAAGUUGUGCUACAAAUUGAAAAGUGUAUUUUGGAAGAUGCUGGGUCUUAUUCAAUUACAGCUACAAAUGAAAUCAGUCAAGUUUCUGAAUUUUGGAAAACAACAGUUAAUUCUAAGCCCAUAAUAGUCAAACAUCUUGAAAAAGAAUAUAUCCAUGGAGAAAAGGAAGAUGUUGUUAUGUCCUGUAGAUGUGACGCUUUUCCUGUAGCAAAAGUUAAAUGGUUUCAAGAUGGGGUUGAAAUUAGCGAAAAAGAUUCAAGAUUUGUUAAAACGGUAGAUGGAAAUUGUUACACAUUAAAAAUAUCAGGUGUUACUAGAGUUGAUGCAGCCAAAUUUUCUGUAUCUUUUGAAAAUGAAUUUGGUAAAGCUGUUGAUGAAACUGUACUUAAAAUCAAGUGUCCACCUGAAUUCAAACAAAAACUUAAAAAUAUUGUUGUCACCGAAGGUGAUACUAACACAGAGCUUAAAGUUUCAGUUGAUGGCUAUCCAAGGCCACAUAUAAGAUGGUUUAUUGACGGAUUGGAAAUUGAUGAAAAUCGUAAAGAAUUUAUAAAAAAAGAAGAAGGGGAUGAUUACAAGUUGAUAAUUAAAGAAGCUCAAGUUAACAUGAACGGAAGAUUUAGUUGUUCAUUAAUGAGCGAUUAUGGUAAAUUAGAAAGCGAAUGUUUUGUUACUGUUAACUGUAAACCAAAAAUUCGCAAACCAUUGACGAAUGUUGAAGUAAACGAAGGUGAAAGUAUAACAUUAGAAGUAGAAGUGUACUCUGUACCAGAACCAGAAAUCAAAUGGUACAAAAACGGCCAAGAAGUAUCAUCUGACACAAGAAUAAAAAUUUUUAGAGAUACUAAGCGAAGCGAAACAUAUUGUCUUACAUUGAAUUUAUGUAAAACGACUGAUGCCGGUACAUACGAAUUAAAAGCAACAAAUCCUUUGGGAACAUCAUCGAGUGCAGGCGAUCUUAAAGUUUUAAACGUAAAAGAUGAUGUUGAAAUCGGCGAAAUUAGUUCACAUGAAAUAACUGAAACUCGUGCAACAACAAUUGUUGUAGAAGAAAUAUGUAACGAAAAUCCGGCACAGACUGCUAUUUCUUACGAAAAACAAACAAUUCAUAUAUUGGAAACGGCUGAUUUAGAAACCAUAGAGGAACCUAGAACUGAAUAUAUAACUGAAGAAAUAAAAACCAAGAGUAUAAUAGAAGCUAAAGCUGAAUAUAGAAAACCGAUAUUGAAAAAAGGACCACAAGAUAUCCAAUGCAAAAAGGGAGACAAUGUUUUGGUACCGAUUGUUUUUACUGCCGAUCCAAAACCCGAUAUUAAAUUAUUAAAGGAUGGUAAAGAAAUACCAUUAGAUGACAACGUUAAAUUGGAAAUUAAAUCUGAACCAUUAGAGAAUGGCCUCAAACAGUUCACUGUUAAUGUUAUUUUCCCCUCUGCACGUCAUAUUGAUACGGCGGGUUACCAAUUGCAAAUAAAGAAUGAACAUGGUCAAAUUGAACCUCGAUUUGCUCUUGACGUUCUAUCAAAACCAGAAAUAAUUGGAUUGAAUGAUCAAUCGUCAUUACCCUAUGAAACGAUAUCAUAUGAUGCCAAAAUUUUAGCUAACCCACAUCCUAAAGUUACUUGGGCUAAAGAUGAUGUAAACUUGUGUAACUCCGAAAAUCAUGAUGUAAUUGCUGAUGUAGAUUCAGAAAAAUAUCGUCUUGUUAUACAAUCAGUUCGUAUGGAAGAUGGUGGCAGUUAUGUAUGCAUUGCUACAAAUUCUCAAGGAACGACUAAAAAAGAAUUUAAAUUGAAUUUGUUAGUUGAAAAGCCUAGUUUUAUCAAAUUUCCCGAAAAUCAGACUGUACAUGAUUAUCACGAAGUUGAAGUUCAGGUGCGAGCCCAAGGUACUCCCCAGCCUAAAAUUAUUUGGACAAAGGAUGGAAAACAAAUUAACUUGGAUGCCAAGAAUGAAAACGGUGAAAAAAAAUAUAAAGCUGAAAUGUCUUCUGUAUCAGACAAACAUAUUAAUGCAACAUUAGUUAUUAAUCAUAUGAGUGCAAAUGAUGUUGGGCAGUAUGUUGCAGUUGCUAAAAAUGAAGCUGGUGAAACCGAAGCUAAAUUUGAAAUAAAGAUGCUUCAAACUCCACCGUCUUUCCUUAAACCACUAGAAAAAUCUUUAGAGGUACGUCAAGGAGAACCACUUGAAUUGAAAUGUGUUAUUGAUGGUAGUCCGUUGCCAACAGCCACCUGGUUUAAAAAUGGAAAGCCACUUGAAGUUACAGACAGAAUAAUUACGGUAAACAAACCUGACGGAACUGUGAUGCUUAAAAUUGAAAACGCUUUACCAGAGGACAGUGGUGCAUACAAAUUGGUUCUGACCAAUCCAAAUGGUGAAAAUGUAGCAAUGUGUGCAGUGGCAGUUAAACCGGAAACAUCAACUCCAAAGUUCAUAAAACCAUUAAAGGACUUGAAAGUUACUAUUGGAGAGCCAAUAGAACUCGAAGCACAAAUUACCGGAUUUCCAUCCCCUGAAAUUAAGUGGCAAAAAGAUGAUGUUCCCUUACGCCCAACGCAAGCUAUUAGUUUUAUUAAUAAACCCCACGGAAUCAUUGGACUUAGUGUUGAAUCAGCGAGACCUGAAGAUGCCGGCGUUUAUAAAGUUUUAAUUUCGAAUCGUGCCGGUGAUCUAUCUGGUACAGCAAAAAUUGAAGUUACUCCCAGGAAAAAGAAACCUCAAUUUAUUGCCGAAUUGCAAAAUAUUGAGGUCGUUGAAGGUUUCCCUGCAAUCUUGGAAGUGAAAACUGUUGGUAAUCCACCACCAGAAGUAAAAUGGUUCCAUAAUGGGGAACCAAUAACUGGAGACUCUAAACACCAUAAAAUUGAAAAACGUCCGGAUGGUACUUGUGCUUUAAUUAUUGAACAUUGUACCCCAGCCGAUAUUGGAGCAUAUGAAGUGAAAGCUAUAAAUGAUGUUGGUGCUAUUUCCUCAAAUGGAAAACUAAGCAUUAUUCCAAAAUCGAAUGAAACACUGCCAGAAGCACCACCUAAAUUUGUUAAUUCUCUACGUGAUGUAAAUGCUGACGAAGGGCAAGAUUUGGUAUUUUCAGCACCAUUUGUGGGUAACCCAGUUCCGGAAGCUAUAUGGUCAAAGAAUGGUGUACCACUAUCGCCUAGUGAUGGUAGAAUAUUGAUGACAUGUGAUGGUAAAAAUAUAGGCCUUGUAAUACAUCAAGCCCAAACUUCAGAUUCUGGCGUAUAUUCUUGUCUUCUCGCGAAUCCAUUAGGCGAAGAUGAAUCCAAGGGAAAAGCCAAUGUUAGAAAAAUAUAUAAAAAACCCUGUUUCGACCAAAAAUUGGCUGAUCAACAAGUAUCGCAUAAUCAAGACGUUUACUUACCCGUUAAAGUUUCUGGAGUACCAGCACCAGAGUUAGUUUGGUCUUGCAAUGGAAAGCCAAUCAAAGAAAAUGAAAAAUAUACUUUCAAGCAUGAUGGCGAUCAUCAUAGUUUGGUAAUUAAGAAUUGUCAACUAAACGACGCAGGAAAAUACAAAUGCGUUGCAAGCAAUAAAGAAGGUGAAGACGUCACACAAUGUAAAAUUAAUUUCGUCGACGAAUCAGACAAAUCAGCUAAAUUCGAGGCCCCAUCCUUCCUUAAAAAAAUUGGGGACUGUGAAGUUUACGAAGGAAUGGUUGCUAAAUUUACUGCCUGUGCUACUGGUGUACCGGAACCAGAGGUAGAAUGGUUCAAAAAUGGACAAAAACUGUUCCCAUCAGAAAAAAUUAAAAUGGAUAUUGAACCCAACGGGCUCCUUCGUUUGACAGUUCACAAUGUUGAUCAAUCAGAUGUUGGAAAAUAUUCUUGUAGAAUUUUCAAUCCUUAUGGAGAUGAUAGCUGCCAAGCCGAAUUAUUUUACGAUACCCUUGAUCGCAAUAGAAAACCAAUUUAUGACGAUUAUCAAGUUGAAAAAGGCGGAGCACCUCCACCGUUAUCAGAAGCUCCAAUUAUAUCGAAAAUGACAGAGAGACGUAUUACGCUUUCGUGGAAGCCAUCCGUACCAACAGGAUCUCGUUAUCCAGUAACAUACCAGGUAGAAAUGCUAGAUCUUCCCAGUGGCGAUUGGAAAACUGUACAUACUGGAGUAAGAGGAUGUUCUUGCGACAUUAGGAAUUUAGAUCCGACAAAGGAUUACAGAUUUCGUGUUCGAGUUGAAAAUAAAUUUGGUGUCAGCGAACCAAGCCCAUAUACUCAAACGCAAAGGCAAAAGCUGUUGCCAGAAAUACCUAAGUUUUACCCAUAUUUGGAAGACGGUAUAGAUUUUCGUCCAGAAACUUCACCAUACUUCCCAAAAGAUUUUGAUAUUGAAAGACCCCCGCACGACGGUUUCGCCCAAGCUCCACAGUUUUUGCGACGGGAACAAGAUGUUGUUUAUGGCAUUAAAGGACAAAGCGUUGACUUAAUGUGGUUUGUGUACGGAUACCCUAAGCCGGAGAUGCAUUACUACUUCGACGACAGCCCUAUUGAAUAUGGUGGAAGAUUUGAUCAUAGUUACACAAGAAAUGGACAGGCAACAUUAUUUGUAAACAAGAUGCUCGACCGUGACGUGGGUUGGUAUGAAGCUGUUGCAGUAAAUGAACAUGGUGAAGCAAGGCAAAGAAUUCGGUUAGAAAUUGCAGAACAUCCAAGAUUUACAAAGAGACUUGAUGAAACCCAUAUAAUGAUUAGAAAGAAUGGCCGUUUAGAAGCGCACAUCGUUGGUGUACCAUAUCCAGAUAUUAAAUGGUACAAAGAUUGGAAACCACUAGCGAAUAGCGCUAGAAUUAAGAUUAAUUUCUUUGAACCGGAUGUUACUGUUUUAUCUAUAGAUGGAGCUAUAGAGUCUGAUUACGGUUUAUACUCUGUUAGUGCAAGAAACAUAGCUGGAUCAAUUAGUACAUCUGCCACAGUUCAUAUCGAACAAGAUGAAGAUAGAUAUAUAUUCAAAGCUUAUGGCCGUAUACCUUAUGUUCGCGCAAAACAAAAGCCUUAUGAAAGUUUAUAUGAUAUUGGUGACGAACUAGGUCGUGGUACUCAGGGUAUAACAUAUCACGCAGUGGAACGUUUAACCGGAGACGGUUAUGCAGCUAAAAUUAUGCAUGGAAGACCUGAAUUCCGUCCCUUCAUGUUUAAUGAAUUAGAAAUUAUGAACUUAUUUAAUCACAAAAAUCUAAUAAGGCUACAUGAUGCGUUUGAUCAAAACGAUACUGUAGCUUUAAUAUUAGAAUUAGCUUCAGGUGGAGAGUUGGUGAGAGACAAUCUGCUGAAAAGAGAUUACUACACAGAACGCGAUAUUGCCAUGUAUAUAAGACAAACUUUAUGGGGAUUAGAGCACUUACAUGACAUUGGCGUCGGACAUAUGGGACUAAAUCUCAAAGAUCUCUUAAUUUCUAUUCCUGGAAGUGACAUCAUAAAACUUUGCGACUUUGGACUAUCCCGAAAAAUAAUUUCAGGUAAACUGUAUCCACUCGAAUAUGGUAUGCCAGAAUAUUGCUCACCCGAAGUAGUUAAUGGAGAAGUCGUUGGCUUCGGGCAAGAUAUGUGGUCAGUCGGUAUUAUUACUUACGUAUUAUUGAGCGGUAUAAGUCCGUUUAGAGGUGAUGAUGAUCGUGAAACUUUAAAUAAAAUAAAGCAGGGUAUUUGGAACUUUGAUGAUCCAUUUUGGAACAAUAUCAGUGAAGAUGGUCGCGAUUUUAUAAAACGCCUUUUAAUUUACGAUUCAAAUAACAGAAUGGAUGUAAGAACAGCUUUAAGACACCCAUGGUUCUAUUUAUGUGACCGAAAAGAUGAUUCAUAUUAUCAAAUCACAACCGACCGAAUUAGAAAAUAUUAUGGCUUAUUCCGCGAUUGGUAUUCAAAUGCUUCUUGCAAACACCACUUCAGAAGAAGGAAGUUAGCAACAGCAUUUACGCAUCCAACUCGAAUGGUUUAUCCACCGUACGAAGUUUAUACUCCAGAAGCAACACCAGAACCCUUCUAUGAAUCAAAGACCAGAUACAGACGUAAGGAAAGUGUAUCUAAAUUCCAACAUCCAGAUUAUGAACUUGGUUUAAUACAAUCUGAAAGCCAUUAUCAAUCUGGUCCAGAUACUUAUUUGUUACAAUUGCGCGAUGUGGACUUUCCAGCACGUCUCAGGGGUUACAUUAAGGAAGCACACAGGAGAUCUCCAUCGUACACAUUAAACGAAAGUUGUAUUGAAUGGAGUCUUCCCGUCAUUAGAGAAAGAAGACGUUUUACUGAUAUCAUGGAUGAAGAAAUUGAUGAUGAAAGAAGGUCAGUUAUUAACAAUUACCGCAUUAAUGACUCGUACCAUAUCAGGCGUUUGAGAACUGAACUUGGUUCAAGAUUAGAUUCAUACACAGAAGCUGAAGCCCUAAUGGAAACACAACGUUCUGGCUUUCCACCAUUCUUCCGUGAAAAGCCUCAAGAUUUAGCUAUUACCGAAAAUGAAUCCUAUUGCAUGAAAUGCUUCUCAGUUGGUGAUCCAAGACCUAUUGUGCAGUGGUUUAAGAAUGACACAAUAAUACAAGAAACUAAAAGAGUUAAAAUAUUUGAAGAUGAUGAUGGCCGCUCAAUUCUUAAAUUUGACCCUGCAAACUAUAAUGACGUUGGUGUAUAUAAGGUAGUAGCAAGAAAUAAAAUUGGUCAAACCGUAGCAAGAUGUCGCGUUGUUUUGGCUACCUUGCCAGAUCCACCAGUUUCACAGGAAGUUAUUUCUAUAAGUGAUACAGAAGCACUCUUAAGAUGGAAACAACCUCGUUUUGAUGGAAAUUCAUCAGUUGUUUGUUAUAGUCUACAAUAUAAACAACAUGAUGGGGAACAGUGGUCCACUAUAGCUGAUAAUAUAGAUCAUGAAUUCUUUUUGGUUCAUGGUUUGCAACCUAACAGUAGUUACCAAUUCAGAUUAGCCUCACGAAAUCGCAUUGGAUGGAGUGAAAUGGGCCACAUUUUAAACGUUACAACAUUACAAGCUGGUUCAGAGAAAAUACAAAUUUCUAAUACUAUGAGACAUUUACAAGAAAUCACAGAAAGCGGACAUGAAGUUGAGUUUGAACACGAAAAAAGUUUUAUUGAUUAUCACAGUGAAAUAAACCCACCUGAAUGGAACUUAGACAAUAGUGUCUUUGACAAUUAUAAAUUUAUUUCAGAAGUUUUUAAAGGCAAAUUCAGCACUAUUGUUAAAGCUGUACAAAAAAGUACUAAUCAAAUGGUAGUUGCAAAAAUAUUUGAAUAUACAGAAACGAAUUCUAACGAUAUUGAAAAAGAAUUUGAAAACUUCAGAACCUUACGUCACGAAAGAAUUCCAGCCUUAAUUUGUGCUUUCAAACCUUCAAAUGCACGUAUUGCAAUUUUAGUACAAGAAAAAUUACAGGGUGCAGAUAUUUUAACAUAUCUAAGUAGUCGACAUGAAUAUAAUGAACAAAUUGUAGCAAAUAUUGUACAUCAAAUUCUUGAUGCGCUACAAUAUGUUCACUGGCGAGGUUUUGCGCAUUUGAAUUUACAACCUGAUAACGUUGUCAUGGCAAGCGUACGUUCUGUUCAAAUAAAAUUAAUCGACUUUGGUUGUGCUAGAAAAGUCUCUAAAGUUGGAACUGAAGUACACGAAUGCGGUUUGUUGGACUUCCAAUCUCCUGAAAUGGUUUGUAAUGAGCCUGCAUUCCCGCAAUCGGACAUAUGGUCACUUGGUGUUUUAACAUAUUUAAUGUUGUCAGGAUGCAGUGCCUUUAAAGGAGAAAAUGAUAGUGUAACCAAACAAAACAUUUCAUUUGUUCGCUAUAGAUUUGAAAAUUUAUUCGAGGAAGUAACACCAGAAGCUACGAGAUUUAUAAUGUCCUUGUUCAAAAGACAUCCUACAAAAAGACCAUACACCGAAGAAUGCAUGGAACAUAGGUGGUUGACCUCGUCCGACUAUAUGGUAAGAAAGCGUGAAAGAGCCGUAUUUCUUGGAUCUAAUUUGAAGAAAUUUUCUGAUGAGUAUCAUUCGAAAAAGUAUGCCGAAACAUCAAAUGAGAAUUUGAUGUCAACGCUUGGUGGAGGUCCAACACCCAGACAGCUGUUAAGGUCAAAUAGCAUUCAAGAGGAAUUAUCAGCACAAUUCAACUAAUCUCUGAAAACUAUUACAAAAACAAUGAAAAUACAUGUUUUGUUUGCUAACACCCUUAUGAAGUUUUUAAAGCGUCAUUUCAUAAAUUAAUUUUCUUUAAUGUAAAUAAUAAUUAGCGCUGUAAUUUAAAACAUCAUAUAAUAUAUUAUACCAAAUUUAGUUAUUUA